AGCAGCGGCGUCCGGAGCGCGAAAGGAGCUCGCCGGCUGCUUCCCCGACGGGGCGGACGAGGCGGCGGCUGCUCGGGCGCGUCUCCGGCGGAGGGAAGGCGAUGCCUCGGCGGCGGCGGCGGAGGAGAGUACGUGGAAGGGGUCAGCGACCAGGACGUGCUCCUCAUCCACUCCUGCCGCCAGUGGACCACAGUGACAGCCCACAGCCUGGAGGAGGGACACUACGUCAUCGGCCCCAAGAUUGACAUCCCCCUCCAGUAUCCAGGAAAAUUCAAGCUGCUUGACCAGGACAGGGAUGUCCGGGAGCCUGUGCAGUACUUCAACAGCGUGGAAGAGGUGGCCAGCAUCUUCCCGGACAGGGUCUUCGUCAUGGAAGCCAUCACCUUCAGCGUCAAGGUGGUCUCGGGGGAGUUCAGCGAAGACAGCGAGGUGUACAACUUCACUCUGCACGCCGGGGACGAGCUGACGCUCAUGGGCCAGGCCGAGAUCCUGUGUGCGAAAGCCGCCAAGGAGAAGUCGCGCUUUAACACGUUGCUGCGGAAGCUGGGCAAGGCGGGUGUCGCUGGUGGUGGCACCGUGGCCGGCGGCGGUGCCAGCAGUGGUGCCAGCGGCGGUGGGGGCAGCCGCCCGCUGAAGGGCAAGAUGCCCUGCCUGAUCUGCAUGAACCACCGCACCAACGAGAGCCUCAGUUUGCCAUUCCAGUGCAAGGGGCGCUUCAGCACCCGCUCCCCGCUGGAGCUUCAGAUGCAGGAGGGCGAGCACACCAUCCGCAGCAUCAUCGAGAAGGUGCGGCUGCCUGUCAACGUGACGGUGCCCACGCGGCCCCCGCGCAACCCCUACGACCUCCACGCCAUCCGCGAGGGCCACUGCUACAAGCUGCUCAGCAUCAUCUCCAAGACGGUGGUCCUCUGCUGCAUCCUGCGCAGGGACGCCGUGGCGCCCUUCCACUUCCUCCUGCUGACGGACAUGCCCCGCUUCCUCCUCCCCGAGGGGGCACUGUGGGGCGGAGGGGACGCCCGCCUGGAGAAGCUCCUCCGCGAGAGCGCCGCCCUCUGCCAGGAGUGCUUCGACCCCAACGAAUACUCCAAGGCGGUGCGCGAGGCCAAGGCGGACCUGGCGGAGGAGUGCACCAGUCCCCGGCGUGUCCGCCUCUGCCUCCAGGGCUAUGCCCGCGACGAACUGGCACACUCCUUCCAGCGCCUCUCGCUCUGCCUCUACAGCACCUCCGGGGGCGCCCGCCAGGACCCCGCCUCCGGGGGGAGGAGCCAGAGGACGCUCCUCCCUUCUCGCCAGGACCACCACGAGGCCCUCUUCCCCGACGCCCCGGACGCCGAGCGGGAAUACACGACGCCCGACUGGACCGAGCCAGCCUUCCGGGCUCCGGAACUGCCCUACGAGGAGCUGUGGACCAACCAGAACCGCGGGAGCUACGCGGAGCCCAGCGGGAAGCCGGCUGGCCUGGAGAGCGCCAACCCGGGCCAGAGAGACCUCAUCUCUUUCGCCGGACUCGCCUCGCCCCUGGGGUCGCCGCCGCCGUGCCACCAGGGCCUGCUGGGGGAGGAGCCUGCGGGAGAUGCCCCGCCUCCGGUCCCGCCCAAGUCUGAGGCGGUGAGAGAGGAGUGCCGCCUUCUCGUCGCGCCCCCGGUGCCACCCCGGGGUGGCAAUGCGCCGGCCGCUUCCAGCCCUCCGGUGCCCCUGCGUUUCCCGAAGCUCCAGGGAGCAGCUUCUCCCAGCUCCAGCCUCUCCUACUACUCGCCUGGACUGCAUGAUGGGUCGAGGCCGCAGAGUGGCAGCUGUUCUCCAUCUCCUGACUCCUACUCCUUGUACUGCUACCCCUGCACCUGGGGAGACUGCAAAGCGGGGGAGUCCUCCGGCCGCCUGCUGGCCAGCCCCCCGGCCCAGUCUCAAACCCAGGGCUCCUCGUGGUCGGAUCCGUGGCCGUACAGCGACCUGAGCGUGGCCACGGGGAGGCCCAGCCCGCUGCUGGCGGGCGGCGACGCCAGCGCCCUCAAGAGCUACCGCAGCUGCCCUCGCCUGAAGCCUCCCCAGGCACCCCAGAAACGCUUUGCCCCUUUUGGGGCUCUCAACCCUUUUUCAAACCCGGCCUCCUCUGACUGGCUGGAGCCCCUCGAGUGGCAGAAGACCUCUUCCCCCGAGACCUUUGACCCCUUCGAGGGCACCGCUGCUUCCUCCUCCUCCUCCCCGGAGGGCGAGCCCCGCUACAGCCCCGUGCCCCCGCCACGCCCUGCCAAGCAGGCCUUCGAGCCCCCUGAGCACGCCGCCCUCCGGACGCCCCUGCCGCCCUCCGUCACCCGUGGUGCAGAAUUGGGCACCGCCACCCGCCUCUACCUGGCCCCGGGGGUCAUCGAGGUGCCCCCCGCCCGGCUCAGCGGGGACGGCUCUCCCUGGCAGCCUCCGGCCGACUUGUCCGCCCUGUCUCUGGAAGAGGUCUCCCGCUGCCUGCGUUUUAUCGGGCUCUCGGAGGACGUGGUCAGCUUCUUUGGGCGGGAGCGCAUUGACGGCAGCAUCUUCGUGCAGCUGACGGAGGAGAUCCUGAGCGAGGACUUCCGCCUCACCAAGCUCCAGGUCAAGAAGAUCAUGCAGUUCAUCAAGGGCUGGCGCCCCAAGAUCUAGAACCGGUUGGGGUGGGAGGAGGAGCCUGGGACGUCCGCAGGACCUGCAGGCGAAGGGGGUCGCUUUGCCUGGCAAUGUGGGGAGAGGCCUCUGGAUCUGUCACAAGAGGGCAGUGGCGCUGGGGCACUUUGCGAGCAGGUCUCCCCCACCCCCAAGAGCGCUGGUGGGCAGAGAGCAGCAAGGGCAUGAAUGGAGGGGGGGCUGGAUGGGUGAGCCUGAAGCAUAAACCCAGUGGAAAAGGAUGGAAGGAGCCAGGAGGUUAAACGGUGGAACUCACUGCUGCAGGAUGGCUUUCAAAGAGGAUUAGACAAAUCCAGGGAGGAGAAGGCAAUUGAUGUGAGGGCCCUGCCUUGCCCCAUGCUUAAGAGGCAGCAAUGCUUCUGAGUUGCUGGGAGCCGCAGGAGGCGAGAGGGCUUGUGUUCGAAUCCUGCGUGUGGGGCUCCCAUGAGGGCAUCUGUCUGGCCACUGGGAGAACAGGUUGCUGGACUGGCUGGGUCAUUGGCCUGCUCCGGCAGGUUCUUCUGUUGAUGAGGAAGGGUCUGAUGGAGACCUACGAGUGUUUUGGGGGACUCUGCCUGCCCUGGCCCAGUGCUAGCGCAUUGGCCAUUCCUGCAUGUGGUGUCCGGUUGUCCAGCGCGGAGGAAAAGAAAGCAAUCCAAAAGUGGGGUGGGAGGAGAGUUGUGAUGUGACCCCCCAUUUCUCACCCAGAGCUCCACCUUCAUUUGGACCCCAUUUUUAUUCCAGCAAACAGGCCCCUCUUAGAUCUGUCUAGGGGCUUCUCUCAUUGCUGUGGGGCCACCAGUUUGAAAGAUGAGGCAGACGGGGGCCAGGGAGCUUUUCUGCACGCGGGAAACUGAGGCAGCCAGUGACUGUGUUGCUGGCCCCCUCCCUGGGUGAGGGGUCUUGAUCAGGGAGGUGUGGGAGGCAGUGCUUUAGGUCUACAGCGUGAGGGGCCUGCCCUCCAGCAUCCGCUGCCCCACAGAGCCAGAGCCUCUCCACCCCAGCUGGCAUAGCGGUGGGAGCUUCUUGUGGUUUGUCUGGGGCCCCUGUCAUUAUUAUUUUUGAAAAUAGUACACCACCCUUCAGCAAGAGACCAGAGGGCAGUAUACAGCCUAGAACACUAAAUACGUAAUAGUAAAAAA